AUGACCCCCACUCCGCAUCGGGUUUACUCGCAGGAGCUAUCAUCUGCCUUUAGACGAGGAUAUCCUAUCGCGAACCCGCAGGCCGCCGUAUAUCACAAAGCAGGGAACUCUAGCGGUGAUGUUGGGGUUCGGAGAGCAGUGGAGAUUGGUGACGUCGGCUACAUACAACCAGGUCAUGGAUACUUCAUACGUCUCUUUAACGUGCACCUCGAACCAGGUGUUGAUGGGCAGCCGCCGCGCGAUCGACUCCCAGAUGACUUCGAAGUCCUGCCCAAAGAUGAGAUGACGACGGUCACAGAUAAUACUCCUCUCUUUCUGUCGCGGACUAUGACGACCAAAAGUGUACGUGCAGCUGCCUCGGGUCCAUUCUUCGGUGGAUCUGCAGUGUUCUCAUCUACCAGCAGCCGCGGAGCGAUUCUCGCCACACCCGAUCCCAUAGAGUGCACGGACGCUAGUUGCAUCCCUAUCUAUAUGAGAUAUGCUAGAGCUCACAUGCAGAGCUGGUACGACUUCUUCUCGCAGCGAUAUCUCCUCGAGAUGGAAGACUUGAUGUUGGUCACCGGGGUUGACCGCACAACUUCGUGGGCAACCGCUGUGAUUGCCGACACCGAACUCGAAGCCGGCUUUGGGCUAGAUGUCCAGUUCGCCGACACUGCUUCAGGAAUACAGUUGGCGUGUCAAUACUCUUGGAAAAGCACAUUUGGGGCGUUCGUGAACUCAGGUCCUCGCCGAGGUGGUAGUUCCAGCGGACCCGAAAUUUCCACCUCCGGAGCGACGUUGUCGGACGAUCCUAUCGCGGACUGUCGGGGCGAUAUGAGCCACAUAGUUGGGAAACAACAGCCUAUCAACUUCCAGAACGACCAAACACUAUUUGUGCGGCAUAUCCGCGCCAAGCGCCGUCCUCGCUGGAUGGGGAUGAAGCUCGCUGCAGCAGGCGGAACUCGUGAAGAGGAUGAGCAUGGAGACGACAGCGAAUUCGAGGAUGGCUUGGUUACGUCUGAGGCCGACAGGGAUAUGAUGGACCUCGAAACCUUCCCUGAACGUGAGACGUUCACCGAUUGCCUCGAUCCUGUGCUAGAUUACAUUUUUGAGCAUUCGGACUCCGAUAUCGCUAUUGCUCAUGACGACGAUCUCACAGUGCUUCUAGACAAUGAUUCGUCUUUUGGACUUGGUGUUGAAGUGGAAGAUGGCAUCGGAGCGAUAUCAAGUGGCCCUUCGGCAUCCCGGUCGGGUACACUCAUCGGCUCGCAAUCCUUCCCAUCUCGAGGGAAGCACACGGACUUGCCCGAAUCAAGGGACUCUUUGGGCGCAGAUGUUGCGGCCUUGAACAGGGCUGUAUCUAGCGAAAGCCAUGCACUGAAACCCUCUCACGACAGGACAGAUCUCUCUACGGCUCCCAUGCCACUGAGCGCGAUACGCGAGCUCUUCGACCGUCCUCCUAAAGCCGGAGGCCGCCCCCUUCCGCAACCUCCAGAUUCGCUACAACGUCCUUCCCUUAUUGCAUCGCUCAAUCUAUCACAACCCACCCUACCAUCAUCAUUGUCGACGGUCAACGAGCAAUCUCUCCCUCACUUCAUGGACGAGCCGGGCCGCUCUACAGUCUCAGACACCCCUCGGAUUGUGCUUUGGCAUGGUAUCCCUCUUCUGCUCACACCGAGCACAUUGCCCUACCCUCGGCAUCUGCCCUCGCCUUCAAAUGCGAGGUCGCGUAGCCAUCUCUCUCCCGGACCGCGGCGGAGAUUACGCGAAGCCAACGUCGGUGGAACGAGACCGCGCCCGAGUGGGGCGCGUUUCAGAGCGACCACCUAG